AUGCAAAGGUUGCGCAGGGAAUGCCCCGAGGUAUACAUACCAGCCCCAGUCGUUCCAUAUCCCAACACUAACGUGAUUCCCAGAGGAGCAAUUUGCCUCGGUUGCAACGGCUGCGGCUUCAACAUCUUUGUCUGUGCACACUGCAACCCUGCAGCUGCAGCUGCCGCAGCUAGAGCAACGGCGAACCUCACAGCUGCAUCUGCAGAAACACCCGGGUCUUCGGCGCCGUCAUCCCCGGGCUCACUAAGUCGCAGCUCGUCUACUUCGCAUCCUUCACAUUCCGAUCCAAGAGUGGCUCGUUUGUAUGCAAAAUUUGGGGAUGGUCGGGACAGCACGAGCUGUGGGCAGAUCGAUAGCAGCAUGAAUAAACCGAGAAACCCGUGA